UUCUCGCUCAGUUCCGUUCCGUUCGUUCGUUCGCUUAAAGCAGCCAUGGAUGCCAUCAAGAAGAAGAUGCAGAUGCUCAAACUGGACAAGGAGAAUGCCUUGGACAGAGCAGAGCAGGCGGAGGGAGACAAGAAGGCAGCAGAGGACAGAAGCAAACAGCUUGAAGAUGACCUGGUGGCACUGCAGAAGAAACUGAAGGCAACUGAAGAUGAGUUGGACAAGUACUCCGAGGCCCUUAAGGAUGCCCAGGAGAAACUGGAGCUCGCUGAGAAGAAAGCCACAGAUGCUGAGGGUGAUGUGGCUUCCCUGAACAGACGUAUCCAGCUGGUUGAGGAGGAGUUGGAUCGCGCUCAGGAGCGUCUGGCCACAGCUCUGACAAAGCUGGAGGAGGCUGAGAAGGCUGCUGAUGAGAGUGAGAGAGGCAUGAAGGUCAUUGAGAACAGGGCCAUGAAGGAUGAGGAGAAGAUGGAGCUGCAAGAGAUCCAGCUGAAGGAGGCCAAACACAUCGCUGAGGAGGCAGACCGCAAAUAUGAAGAGGUUGCCCGUAAGCUGGUGAUCAUUGAGAGUGAUCUGGAACGUACAGAGGAGCGCGCUGAGUUGUCUGAGGGCAAAUGCUCUGAGCUUGAGGAGGAGCUGAAAACCGUGACCAACAACCUCAAGUCUCUUGAGGCCCAAGCAGAGAAGUAUUCACAGAAGGAGGACAAAUAUGAGGAGGAGAUCAAAGUCCUGACCGAUAAAUUGAAGGAGGCUGAGACACGUGCUGAGUUUGCUGAGAGAUCAGUCGCCAAGCUUGAAAAGACCAUCGAUGACCUGGAGGAUAAGCUGUCACUUGCUAAAGGAGAGAACCUGAGAAUAAAGCAGAUGCUGGAUCAGACUCUUACGGAGAUGUGCAAUAUAUGACACCGCCUUGACCAUCUCCCCACUCUGCCUUAUACCUACAUUGGAGUUGUAUGGCUUUCUCCUUUCUACGGCUACAAUAGACAUGAAGCCUUGCAUUUGUGCAACUCCACUGACCUCUCCAACUGGAAAGGACAAUCUGUACGAGGUAGCACAAACUUGGCUUUGAAUUAGCUAAUUUUUACUGUUUUGUCUAUACACUGUAAUAAAAAGGGGUAAUUGAAAUUCACUGUUUAAGUUGAAAUUUGUCUUAGCAGAAUUUGCACUUUAUGGGAAAAUGCACUGCACAUGAACAUGAACAUGUUAAAUCAAGCCAUAACUUAAAUCAAUGUUUAAGUAAAUUGACUUUGUUUGUACUUUUGUAAUUUGUUUGUCAUGUGAAAUGUCUGUUCUUGUUUAUCAUGUAUCCAGAGUUUCAGUUGUACACGUGGAGGAAGAAACAUAGCAUAUAGUAUUUGUAUUGAUGUUUGUAAUAUUUUGUUUGGGCAGCAAGCUCGAUCAAAGAUCUUGUGGCGCAGUGAAUUCAGUUUUUCUUCGUUCUUUUAGACGUUGUAGAAUCAAGUUGUUCGGUUGUCACACUUUCCGUUUAUC